AUGGGUGGCUCAGCCUUUGCUCAGGGACAGAACCCUUUGUCUACACCCCGGAUGCCAAAGGAGGUUUACGAGGCAACAAAGAGCCGGUGCGAAAAGAUCCUCCUCGGUCUCUAUUCCUGCGUAGAGUCUCCCGUGGAAGGCCCAGCCAAGAAAGACUACGGAGACAUUGAUUUCCUCGUUGCAUCGCCAAAGUCGGACGCUGCCAAGGGCUCGCUCGCAAUCCCUACCAUCGCUCAAGCUCUUGGAGCUGAACGCAAGAUCGUCGCGGGAGGCGCCGAACCAGCCGCCAAUCUAGCUAUUCCGUGGCCUGAAGAUGAAAGUGACGACGACGGCAAGGAAAAGACCAAGACAGACAAGGAAGACAAGGAAGAGCCCGCCAGAAAGUAUAUCCAAGUAGACGUCCGAGUGUGCGAGUCAGAGGAGAAGCUGCGCUGGAUGCUCUUCAAACACGGCCAUGGGGACUUUUGGAACGUGAUGGGAUCCAUCAUCAGACCCUAUGGCUUGACAGUCGAUGAGACCGCCAUGUGGCUCAGAGUUCCCGAGAUUGAGGAGCACAACAGGAAGCGCGCCAGGAUCUUUCUCUCGUCCGAUCCGGCCAAGGUCAUGGACUUUCUCGACAUGCGCAUGGAGGGAUACUGGGACAAGGCCUUUUCUAGCAUGGAAGAGCUCUAUGACUAUAUUGCUACCUGUCGGCUGAUGUACGUUGACCCGACUCCGACAGAGCCCGAAGAGUCGAAACUCAAGGCCAACGACCGCCGGCGCAUGAACUAUCGGCCCGUGUUCAGAAAAUGGAUUGACGAGUUUAUCCCAGAGUGCCGUCGACUUGGCAAGUUUUCUGAGAAAAGGUUCACCAGAGAGCAGAUCACCGAAGAGGCCUUUGCCGCGUUCGGCGUGGAGGAGGAGUUCAACACUCGACGCGACAAGUUUCUCGCCGAGAAGCAGAAAGAGUACAUUUGGAGCACGUCCAUCAAGGGGGGUGUUCCCGAGCCCAAAUCGAGGGACCGCUUCGACAUUCUCUACAGAUCGUGCCUUGUAAAAGCCCUCAAGAAGAUUAUCCUUGAAGACGAUACGAGCUACGGUAUUGUCCCAGUGAAGAACCUCAAAAAGGCCGACGGCAUGUAUGAUUUGGAGCGUGUCGAGGACUUUAUCUCAAAGAAUCAAGAGUCCGUGGGAAAGGCAGCCAUUGCCCAGCAUUAUGGCGCUUACGACGAACACAUGCGCAGAAAGGAGUGCCAGAAGGAGUGCGAGGAAGGGCAGCCACCGCGCAAAAAGGUAUGCUCAGUCUGA